CUCGGGCCGCGCCGCCCGCGGGGGCCGGCCGCAGACGAUGGCGCGCCCCCCCGGCGAGGGCCGCGCGGCCGCAGCGGAGGGGGGGAGCGCCGACGACAGCGACGACGACAUGCCGCCCCUGGACCUGGGCGUGGGAGGCGCCGACGAGUCCGACGACGACAUGCCGCCCCUGGACUAUGGCGCAGCCGCCGCCGCCCAGGGCGCCCCUGCGCCCGCCGCCGAGGGCAGCGACGACGACAUGCCGCCCCUGGACUACGGCGGAGCCGCCGCGGCGCCAGCGGCGCCAGCGGCCCGGGGCGCGCCGGCGCCGAACGCCGAGGGCAGCGACGACGACAUGCCGCCCCUGGACUACGCCGCAGCUGCCGGGAGGCCGCCAGCGGAGACCGCGGCCGUUGUGGCGCCCGCCGCCGCUUGCGCGCCCCCCGCGGACGCCGACAGCGACGACGACAUGCCGCCAUUGGAGUACGUUGGUCCCGGUACUGAUUUCGGGGCGGCACGUCUUCCGUGAGGGGGCCAGGGUAACGCUGCGCGGCAUGCCCGACCCAGAGCUGAACGGCCAGAGGGGCACGGUGAUGCCCUUCCUCAAGCCCACUGGCGGCACGUUGCCCAUCAGGCUCGACGGCAGCGGCAGGGAGCUGGAGGUCCCCCCCCAGAGCCUGGACCACGCCGUCGGCGAUCCGCAGAGCGGCAGCGACGACGAGAUGCCUCCGCUGGAGUACGUCGGCGCCUCGCCGCCCGCCCGCGGCCUGUCGGCGGCGACUGGCAGCACUGGGGCCGGCAGCGACGACGACGUGCCUCCGCUGGACUGCCUGGGCGCGGCCCCCGGGGCGCCGAAGGUCGCGGCCCGGCCCGCCGCGGAGGCGGCGCGGGAGCCGCGGGCCCGCGAGCGGGCGGACACCUGCGAGGACAUGCCUCCGCUCAUCUACGUGGGGCUCGGCCCGGGCGAGGCGUACGAGUUCAGGGAGGGGGACGCGGUGGUGCUGCACGGCCUGUCGAAGACAGACCUGAACGAGCAGAGGGCCACCAUCCUGCCCUUCGCGAGCGGGGCGCCGAAGGACCGGCUCGCGGUCUCGCUGCUGUCUUCCGGGCAGCGGCUCUCCGUCAGGCCCGCCAAUUUGCGCCUGGCAGCGCCCGCUGGCACCCCGUCCUGCACAGCCAGGCCUGGCCAUGGCAGCAGCACGCGGCCGCCCCUGCCGGAAAGCGACGCUUCUGCCAGAUCUCCAGGGCAAGAGCUCAGACCUGGGGACAAGGUCAUCCUGCAGGCCCUGUCUCGGGCGGAGCUAAACGGGCGUCUGUGCGCCGUGCUGCCGUUCGACCCGGUCCAGGCGGCGGAGAAGGGCAGGCUGCCCGUGAAGCUCGACGGGUCGGGCCAGCAGAUGUCCGUCAAGCCCGAGAACUUGCGCAGGGCCGGCGAGCCCCCAGCGGCGGUCAACGCGCCGGCGCCGCCGACCUCGCGGCACGAGGCGCGGGCGAAGGGCGGCAAGGACGACGGCGACCUGCCACCCCUGGUAUAUGUGGGCGCCGAGGCCACGCCCCAGCAUUUCUUCAAGGAGGGGGACACGGUGGUCCUCAAGGGCUUGUCGAAUGCCGCGUUCAACGGCCGGCGCGGCAAGAUCGCGCCCUUCGCCACGAAGAUCGAUGGGCGGUUGACUGUGCAUCUGGAGGGCUCCAGCACGAGCCCUGGAUCUGGCACGAAGCUGUCCUUGAAGCCUGAAAAUUUGGAGAAGGUGCAGGAAAGCGCAGUUGACGAGGACGAUGACGACAUGCCGCCCCUGGAGUACGUGGGAGCUGGAGGAGUCGCCCCUGCACCAGCCGCCCCACAACCCUCUGGGCAGCAGGCCGCAGCUGACGACUACGACGACAUGCCACCCUUGGAGUAUGUGGGAGCUGGAGGUGUUCCUGCCACUGUACCCGUUGCCCAAUACCCAGUGGUUCAGCAGGGCACAGUUGACGAGGACGACGACGACAUGCCGCCCCUGGAGUACGUAGGAGUUGGAGUCACCCCUGCAGCGGCCGCCCAACAACCCAUGGGGCAGCAAGGCGCAGUUGACGACGACGACGACGACAUGCCGCCCUUGGAGUACGUGGGAACUGGAGGUGUUCCUGCUCCUGCACCCGCUGCCCGACCUGCGGCGGGGCAGCAAGGCGCAGCUGACGACGACUACGGCGACAUGCCGCCUUUGGAAUACACGGGAGUUGGAGGUGUUCCUGCUCUUGCGCCGGCUGCCCAACACCCAGUGGGGCAGCAGGCUGCAGCUGACGACGACUACGACGACAUGCCACCCUUGGAGUACGUGGCUGUGGCGGCGUCUGCCCCCGCUCCGACCGGCCCACACUCGGCCGGGCAGCCUGGUGGGCAUGGCGUCCCCCGUGGCGCUGGAGCGUCUGCCGCGGCACCACCCGCUCGGCAGGCCGUCGAGCGAGGAGGCGAUGGGCAGCUUGGUGGGCAUGCCGCCCCUCCUGGCGCUGGAGCUUCUGCCGCGGCACCAGCUGCUCGGCAGGCCGUCGAGCGAGGGGACGCGGGCGGCAUGAGCUGUACGGGCGGCGCCAGGGGGACCACCCCGGCAGCGCCGGCGGCGGCGGCGGCUGCUCCGCAGGCCGCGGCGCCCCCUGACGACCCCAGAGCGGUGUUGACGCGGUGGUGCGAGGAGCAGAACGUGCCGCUGGAGCUCGUCGACCUGCUGUUGGCCGAGGAGGUCACUGAGCCGCAGGAGUUGGCCGCCGUGAGCGACGAGGACCUUGCCGCGUUCGUUGCAGGCCUCAAGUUGGGCCCGAAGGGCCGCUUCAUGCGGGCUGUGCAGAGGAUGCGGACUGGUUGA